AUGUUAAUCGGUGACAAAAAGAUAGAAAUUACUUGCGUUUACGGUGCAGUGGAAGCAGAUGAAAAAAUAGCACAAUGGUCAUAUAUUUCAGAUCUAGCCAAACAAAUUCAAAAGCCUUGGGAACAAAUUGGAGAUCUGAAUAUCAUCCUGGAUCCUGGAGAAAAGAAAGGCGGCAACAAUUCGAUCUCUAGCAGCAAGGCUUUCGUUACUCAAGUUAUUGAGUCUCUGGGCCUCCAAGAUGCGGGAUACGAAGGAUCCCCAUUUACUUGGUCAAAUAACAGAAGCGGAGAUGCUAAUAUUUGCGAAAGGAUUGAUAGAGCAUUAUAUCUUACCAGUGGAUUCAAAUUUUCCAUAACACAAAGUCUUACGCACCCUACAUUAGCAACAAUAGUGGCAGCAUCUUGGAAUCUCCAUUCCUCAAAUUCCCCGGCUCGAAGCUUCGCUUCUAAUCUGAAAUAUGUCUCCCCAGACCUAGCUCAAUGGAAUUCCGAUGUUUUCGGAAAUAUUCAUAAAAACAUUAAAACUCUUAAUAACAAAAUAGAAAAUAUUCACAAAUCCGGAAACUUCUCUUCUAAAAUUGAUACUCUCAAGAACCUUCAAGCAGAACUGGGGAAAUGGUACAAGAUUAAAAAUGACAAUUACCAUCAACUAUCUAGGGAUAAUUUAUUUAUAGAAUAUGAUCAAAACACCGUAUAUUCUUUAUUCUCUUAG